GGGAGGAGAGGCAAGGGAGUGGAGCGAGAAGACGACAGGAGAUCCACAGGGUGACCAAUUUAACCGGAUCAUCCUUGGAUAGGCUACAAAUGGUCCUCCACCCUGGCCGCUCCAGACGACAACGACACGAAAUCGGAUUGUCUCCUGCAGUCUUGUCGGGAAAUAGAGAAAGAUGAUCACGACCCAGCAGAAGCCGUGGAGAUAGACCUGGCAGCGGGGACUGGUCUUCUCAUUAACCUUGGUCUUUGAUCACUGGCUCUGGCACGAACAUCUGGGGUUGUGCGGAGUGUCUGGCGCUCCUUUUGACCCGAUCCAGCCGCUCCCACCUACGCCCCUGCAGAGUGGCCUCUAAAACCCCCUCACUUCUUCAAACUUUUGUCCACUGGGAUAAAUGAGUGAACCGGCUAGAAAGGAAAGGGCUGGGACAUGUACCAGAACCCCAACAGAAUGUCCUGGUUCAGUGGUUUCCUAGUCGCCAGAGUGGACGACCGCAAGACUGCGUGGGGCGAGCGCAAUGGCAAGAAGUCCAAACGGAAGGGAGGUUCAUCUCUCUGCAACCCGCGUUACAUGAGCUGCCUGCGGGACCCAGAUGCUAUGGAGCCCCCUUCUGGAGCCCCCCUCCAUCAGCAUCACCGCGGAGGGGUGGCUGGGGCCGUGGGAGGCGGGGGCAACUUUGGCGUCCGUUGCGGCUGGCAGGAGGACCACUACGGCAAAAGGGGAGGGACCACCGGGGAGGGGGUGGGGCUGAAAUCGGUUGACUUGGGCUUUGAGGAUGGGGACCUGAAAGGGAGAAAAGGGGGGUGUAAUGGAGGGAGUGGUGACAUGGGCGACGAGGGUCCCAACGGUGCAGCGGGGGUGACAGCUGCAGACUGCUGGCUCAGGGUGGUGCGGGUGUUCCAGUCUAAAAAAUUUCAGUCCCGUAAACUGGAGCGCCUGUACCAGCGUUACUUCUUUAGGCUGAACCAGAGCUCCUUGACCAUGCUAAUGGGGGUGCUGGUGAUCGUGUGCGGCAUCAUGCUGACCUUCCACUGUGUCCACGCCCCCCCGCACGUGGCCUACUCCUCAGCCCUAUCAGUGGCCAUGGCCCUCUUCAUGGCUCUCAUGGUAGUGUGCAACCGCAAUGGCUUCCACCAGGACUACAUGUGGAUUGUCAGCUACCUGGUGAUCGGGGUCUUGGUGUCGGUACAGGUGUUCGGGGUGCUGAUGGUGGCCCCACGGAGUGCCUCUGAAGGCAUCUGGUGGUCCGUCUUCUUCAUCUACAUCAUCUACACGCUGCUGCCUGUGAGGAUGAGAGCGGCGGUGCUGAGUGGAGCUGUGCUGUCCAUCAUACACCUGGUCACCACCUGGCAGAUCAACCAAGAGGACAAGUUCCUCUGGAAACAGGUGAGCGCCAACGUCCUGAUCUUCCUCUGCACCAACAUCAUCGGCAUCUGCACCCACUACCCUGCCGAGGUUUCCCAGAGACAAGCCUUCCAAGAGACCAGAGGAUACAUCCAGGCUCGACUACACCUGCAGAGGGAGAAUCAGCAGCAGGAACGCCUGUUGCUUUCUGUGUUACCAAGGCACGUUGCCAUGGAGAUGAAGGCUGACAUCAAUGCCAAGAAAGAAGACAUGAUGUUCCAUAAGAUUUAUAUCCAGAAACAUGACAAUGUCAGUAUUCUGUUUGCAGACAUUGAGGGUUUUACCAGCUUGGCGUCUCAGUGCACGGCUCAGGAGCUGGUCAUGACACUCAACGAACUCUUUGCUCGCUUCGACAAGCUGGCGUCGGAGAACCACUGUCUACGUAUUAAAAUUUUAGGUGAUUGUUAUUAUUGUGUGUCUGGACUACCUGAGCCACGGGCUGACCACGCCCACUGCUGCGUGGAGAUGGGUGUCGACAUGAUAGAGGCCAUCUCGCUCGUGCGCGAGGUGACGGGGGUUAACGUGAACAUGCGUGUGGGCAUUCACAGCGGGCGCGUGCACUGCGGGGUGCUGGGACUCAGGAAGUGGCAGUUUGAUGUGUGGUCCAAUGAUGUCACACUGGCCAACCACAUGGAGGCAGGCGGCAAAGCAGGGCGGAUCCACAUCACCAAGGCCACGCUGCAGUAUUUGAACGGAGACUACGAGGUGGAGCCGGGUUUCGGGGGGGAAAGGAACGCGUACCUGAAGGAGAACAGCAUCGAGACCUUCCUGGUCCUCGGCUGCAGCCAGAAAAGGAAAGAGGAGAAGGCGAUGAUGGCUAAGAUGCAGCGAACGAGGGCCAACUCCAACGAGGGUCUGAUGCCGCGCUGGGUUCCCGACAGAACCUUCUCCAGGACCAAAGACUCCAAAGUCUUCAGGCAAAUGGGGAUUGAUGAGACGUCCAGUAAAGACACCCGUGGCGUUCAGGAGGCCAUGAACCCGGAGGAUGAAGUAGAUGAAUUUCUUGGACGAGCUAUUGACGCCCGCAGCAUUGACCAGCUAAGGAAGGAUCAUGUUAAGAAGUUCCUACUCACCUUCCAGACCUCCAGCUUAGAGAAAAAGUAUUCAAAGAAAGUGGACGAUCGUUUCGGAGGUUAUGUUGCCUGUACUCUACUAGUAUUCUGCUUCAUAUCCUUCAUACAGAUUGUUAUCUUUCCACACACCCCAGUGAUGCUGGGAAUUUACAUCAGUAUCUUCAUCAUACUCGCCAACAUCCUCUUCAUCUGUGCCAUAUACUCUUGCAUCAAGCUCUUUCCAGCUGCAAUGCAGACCGUCUCCAAGAAAAUAGUCCAGUCUCGCACCAACAGCACCCUAGUUGGAGUAUUUACCAUAAUCCUCGUUUUCAUCUCUGCCUUUGUCAAUAUGUUUGCCUGUGACACCAAGAGCUUAGCGGAUUGCGUUGCCGAGAAGCUGAACACUUCUGCUGCCAUGGUGACGCCCUGUCUGAUCCGCAGCUUGAAUGUGUCGGUGGAAGGGGGUCUGGAGAUCUGUCCUAGCCAAGGCCCCUCCUGUCCCUUUCCUGAGUAUUUCAGCUAUAGUGUGCUGCUGACGCUGCUGGCCUGCUCAGUGUUCCUGCAGAUCAGCAGCAUUGGGAAGCUGGCCCUCAUGCUGCUCAUCCAGCUCACCUUUCUGCUACUGGUCGAGUGGCCACAAGUAGCCCUGCUGGACAAUGCAGACCUCUUCGUCACCUCCAAUGCCCUUGAUUUAAAUGAAACUACUGCUCAAUGGUCCAGUUUCAAUGAAACUACAGACCAGUGCCCAUUUGUUGUGACCAAAGUGUCCCUGAGGGUCAUGACUCCAGUGAUCCUCACCGUCUUUGUCCUGGCACUGUACCUGCACGCCCAGCAGGUUGAAUCCACCGCACGCCUCGACUUCCUGUGGAAACUACAGGCCACAGAGGAGAAGGAGGAGAUGGAGGAGCUGCAGGCCUACAACCGUCGCCUCCUCCAUAAUAUCCUGCCCAAGGACGUGGCGGCCCACUUCCUGGCACGUGAGCGGCGGAACGACGAGCUGUACUACCAGUCGUGUGAGUGCGUGGCCGUCAUGUUCGCCUCCAUCAGCAAUUUCUCUGAGUUCUACGUGGAGCUGGAGGCCAACAACGAGGGAGUCGAGUGUCUCCGGCUGCUCAACGAGAUCAUCGCUGACUUCGAUGAGAUCAUCAGCGAAGAGAAGUACAGGCAGCUAGAGAAGAUCAAGACUAUUGGCUCCACCUACAUGGCGGCCUCUGGUCUCAACGACUCCACCUACGACAAGGAGGGCCGUUCCCAUAUUACUGCACUGGCGGACUACGCAAUGAGACUGAGAGAACAGAUGAAAUAUAUCAAUGAGCAUUCCUUCAACAAUUUCCAGAUGAAGAUAGGUCUGAACAUUGGACCAGUGGUAGCAGGGGUUAUUGGGGCACGAAAGCCACAAUAUGACAUUUGGGGAAACACAGUUAAUGUGGCCAGUCGUAUGGACAGCACAGGAGUACCUGACCGCAUACAGGUGACUACAGACCUCUACCAGGUGCUUGCAAGCAAAGGGUACGUGCUCGAGUGUCGCGGAGUCGUUAAGGUCAAAGGUAAAGGCGAAAUGACAACCUACUUCCUGAAUGAUGGACCACCCAACAGUUAGCAGCCAUCACAGCGGCAGAUGUUGGGAUAAUCCCCGCUGCAAGGACACAGCACCACUGAGUGAGGACUCCCAUCGUGAGCUAAUGGCUAAUAACUAGCAAUGCCAUCACUUGAAUUCCAAGCAAAGAGGAAGAGACUUUGAGACUUUAGGACUUCAGAGGGAAAAGUGUUCUCGAUGAGAGGAAGAUGUUCUUGUUUGACAGCCAUUUUGGCCCACGUACACAUUGAAGGACAACGUGUUUUUUCUCAUGUCUAGCCUCUCUCUCAGGCUUCUUGAAAGAUGCAAAGUCUGUUUAUUUAAAACAACGCCUUUUAGCCUGUGUCAAAAGAAGAUAAACGCUGUACAUAAGGCUACUUUUUAUUUUUCUUUAUUUUGUGUGUUUUGUUUUGUUUUUGUUUUUUCAGUCAUUUUUAUUUUACAAGAAUUAUGAACAGGUACUCAUAUUUUGUUUCUGGAUUAAUUAUUUAUUUCAAUCUUGAUGUUUUGUGCAAAAGGUCCUUUAUGAAAAGUGUGAAUACAUACGUGCACAAAUAUCCAGUUUAUUACACGUUUAUAAGUGUGUAUGUACAUGCAUAUUUGUGUGUGUAUGAAUAUAUGUAUAAAUUGAGGAGGAAAAUAUUGACCAAAGACUAAAGUAUUUACUAAAAACAAGGCAAGACAUGAUAUGUUCUCGCUAAAGUCAGCAAUGAUCACUAACUCUGUUGUUGGCAGUAGGCCUACCCUCAGUCUUUUCACCCCACUUCUUGCAGUAAAGGCUGCUUCAUGUUUUUCAUGAAAUAUGUACAAUUACUUUCAUUUCGUCUGUCACUCGGACAGCGUGAGCUCACCCCAUCAACAAUCUGGAAGAUGUUGCUGCCCUCAACCUCUAGACAAAAUUAAUGAAGAGUUAAAUCGGAAAUCUGUAUUUUUAUCUUAGUCCUGCCUUGGAAGAGUAGGAGUAGCUCCAUUCUAGGAUUAGGAUCCUCUUCAUCCUCAUUCCACGUCAGAUUGGUUCCUCAGAGCUUGAGCAGCCAACAGACAGCUGGUUUCAGCCAUAACAGUAUAUUGUCAUUAACUGCUCCUUCCCUUUCAAAGAAGUAUUUUUGGUGCAAAAGGAAAUGAAGGAACUUAGAUCAAGACGUUCCAGAGCCAUCAGGGGGAAAACAUUGGAUUUGAAUGCAAUGGUACCACACAGUUUGAUUCUUCCAUGAAGAUGAAGAAAAAGAAAGAAAGAGAUAUAUAUUGAAUUUGACUGAAUACUGUGCUUUGUAAUCUUGAAGGGGCAUAACUAUUUUCACUGUGAGGUUUUUAUGAUACAACAAAACUGCUUUCUUGCCAAACAUAACCGCUCUGAAGCAUGUCUGAUUGUGGUAUCUUGUUUUCAUUUUUGUUUGUUUUAACGUUGAGUAUUUUGUAUCACUUCUGUAUCCAUCAUUUGUAUAUUCUUAAUGUUGUUAUUAUGAUGAUUCUGAUUAAUUAUUAUGCUUAUUAUGAUGAUUCCAUUCCAAUGAAAGGAUCAAAGACCAGCACGCUUUCUUGUAAAAUGCCAGACGUAAAGCUCAAGCUCACUGGUACCAACUGAUCAACUGCAGCCAACCUACUCUGCUGUUAAAUCCUAAUGUACAAUACAGUAUUUAAACUGGCGGUAGACAUGAUCAUGUAUAGUAAUAACCAUGAGCUGCCUUUGCAGCAGAACCCAAGUGGUGUAUGCUCACAAAAGCAUAGCAGUAAACACACAUAUACAGGUAAUUCACUGUACUUUUUUUUUUUUUUUUUUUAUUCCACUACUGCAGUAUUGUAAAUCUCAGACAGGCUUUAAGAUGACCUCUCUCUUCCACGCCUUAAACCUCUCCUUAAUUAGACAUAACAAAUGGCAGCACAUAAUCUCUGGAAUUACACUACGUAGUGAAAAGGACAUGGCAAGAUUAGCACAGAUAUUUGUUUUAAUUUCCCCCCACCAGUCAGUCUUUUAGCAACACUGGAAGGACUUACUGCUGAGUUUAAUUGCCUUAAGUUAAUAGAAAACAAAUCAUAGUAGAAGACUGAGCAGGAAUUGUGCCUGUUCACCCUAUCUGGAUAUAUGGAGGGACAGAAAGGGAUGAGGGCUUGUCAAAAUAUAAUUUUCAGUAAGCAUUCGCAUCAUUACAGUGAUCUUGGUUUGUCAAAAGGGAUGCCCUUAACUCCGCUCGUCUUUCUGGAAAGAAUCAGCCCUGACUCUUCUGCCACUCUCAACAAUGGCCACUAACAGUUGAUCAUGUUUGUACCAAAGCCAGCUCAUGCAGCCUUGUGCUAUCGGUCCCUCCUGUGCAAUGAUAUUUGGCUUCGGGGCAUAGCAGGAGCACCAGAGAACAGUGCAGCUUGUAGAUCACAAACUUAUCAAGUGAACUGUGACCAAUGAGGAGUGAUUCAUAUGAAGAGAGAGUUUAAAGAAUGGACAUGAGUUUAUUAACAUGUGCAUUGUAUGUAUUCUAUUUCUACUGGCUGUCCAUAGACUUGUGUUGAUUGUUAAUUCUUCGGAUGUUUUCGGGGAACAGGAGAGGGGAGGAAGGUGGUCCCCAUACUACUGAAACAGUGUUUUUGCUCAGGCCUGAUGAAUCCUUCCGUAUUUGUUUUGUUUUAUUUGUAUUUUCCCUGAGUUGAAGGAGUUGAAAGGGGAGUGUUUUGCAGGGGUGAAGGACAAGAAGAGCUGAGGACUAUGACAAAGAGAAAAAUAACAUUUCCCCUUGAAGAAAAAGAAUUAAAAAAAAAAAAAUCA